AUGGAUUAAGAUUAACGAGGCCUUUCACCAUAAACUUCAAAAUCAUCAUCCCAUCAAAAUCAAGUAUCAAGGUCUAAAGAAUUUCCACUUGAUUUCUUUAUCCAAAAGAAAUUUAUGACUGAUGAUUUCAAAUCAAUUUUAGAGGAGGCGCAAGUAUAUUAUCAAAACUAAAUAAGCAAAAAUACUCAAUCAAAUCUAUCCAUAUCAGUCCUAAGAAUUAAAUCCCAGAAUUAGAAGGUUAAGCUUUUACAAUUGAGGAUUCUGGAGAAAAUAAAAUGAAUACUAAAUGUGAUGCUGCUCUUCAUAUAAUUCAACUAUUAUAGGAGAAGUGCAAAUAAUAGAUAAAUAUCAUUCUCUUAAUACCAGAAGGUAUUUAUGUUGUAAAUUCUAGGAAUUGUAUCCUUUUUGAUUGGCUCCAAAGGAUCCUAGCUUGCUAAAAUUAUUGAAGAAACUAAUGCCAAAAUCACAGUAAAUCAACCAAUAGUCAAUUACUCUCCUAGAACUGUUAAAAUUGUUGGUGAUCAUAGCACAAUUCAUUCUGCAAUUAGGGCAAUAACCAAGAAAAUGUAAGAGAGAGGAAUAUCAUCUGAAGAUUACAAGAAGGUUCCUGAAACAUUGAAUCCAUAGAAAGUGAGUGUCAAAGUAAAAUCAAUAUAUAUAUAUAUUAACAGACAAAACUCAUUUUUUAAUCCUCUGUUGUUGAUUACAUAUUGAAAAACAAAAAUGAAAUCGAGAAUAAAUAUGAUGUUGAAAUCAAAACUAAAGAAAGCAAUGAAAUUAGACUCACUGUAAUAAUUUUAUUUUUAUUAUUGUAUAGCAAAAGUGUAAGUUAAAAAGAGAUGAUAAAAUCAUUUAAUUGUAAGGUUCUUUAUCCAAUGUUUAAGAUGCUUUGUCAUCACUUAUCAGAAGAGUCUCAGAAUAUUUAAAAAAAUAAGAAUUAGAAAUCAAAAUUGUUAUGCCAGCUAGUUUUGCAUCAAAAUUAAUUGGAGCAAGUAUAUCUAUCUAUUUAUACCUUAAGAGGGCUGUUAAAUUAGGGAAUUGGCUACUAAAUCAAAAGGAGCAUAAAUCAAAGUCUUAUCUGAUAAGGAUGAAACUGAUCAUGAUUAUUGUAUGCUAUUCCAUAUAUUAUCUUUAGAUUGCAUUGUUUAAAUAGCAGGAAAUCUAUAAAACAAACAAGAUGCUAGCAAAUUGAUUCUUUAAUAAAUAGAAUGUUUCAAGAAUGGAGGACCAGUAUAUUUUUAUAUUUAAUGUAGAUCAUGGACAGUGGUAAAUUUCUAAAUGAGGACAAUCUGAAUCAAAUAUCUUAAUUAUCAAACAAUUAUGAAGAUCAUAAAAUUAAGCGGUUUUCAAUAGUUCAAUCUUAUUUAGAUAAAAAUCCAGUUCUUAAUCUGAAAGAAAUUCACGUUCAAGAUCAAUAUCGAGAAGAAAACAUAAACAUCAAAGGAAAAGAUCUGUUGAAAGAAGAUCGGCAUCAUCAAGGUAUUUCAAAUUAAAAUAAUCUCUACUUUUUAGUUAUUCUAAAAGAAGAGAAAGAGCGAAUGUCUUAUCUACAAAAAUGAUUGUUUCUAAUGAAGUAAUGCAUAUUUUAGAAAAAUAUCAUAAAUUAAGUGAAUAUAAGGAGAGAUAUAAUGUAGACAUAUAAGCUGAUGACUCGGUACUAAUCCAAUCUAAAUAAUUAGAGAAGAAAUUCUGAAUCUUACUUGAGAUUAAAAGGCAAAUUAAAAGAUUGUUUAAUUGUUAUUGAAGAAAUUUUGAAUGAGCAACAAAAAAUCCUAAGAAAAUGAAUAUUAA